CCCUUUCUCACACGUCACCGUGCGGAAUCUUUAAAGGAUCCGUUGACUGUAUAAAAUGGCACAGUAUAAAGGAUCAAGGAGUUUGAGCAGCAUGAAGACACAGUCACCAAUGGUAGAUAUGGCCAAUAACAACGACCCUCUACCCCCAGGAUGGGAAAUUAAAAUUGACCCACAGACAGGAUGGCCUUUUUUUGUGGAUCACAUUAAUCGCACAACAAGCUGGAAUGACCCCAGACACGAUGUCAAAAAGGUAGGCGAAUGGAUGUAGUAAAAAGUAUGUGUAGCGUGGGAGGGCUAGUGUGAUAUGGAAAGUUGGAUUUAAAAUGUAAUGUCUGCUUAUAGCAUGGCAGACACAACACAGAAUAUCUCUAAUAUAUUGCAUGGCCGUCGACCAAGCGCUUCAGUGGUUAAUUAUGGUCACUGCCUCUGAUACGCACUGGCUUUUAUUAUAGGGGAGACAGAGUGGGCAUAUUCUAUUUAUAGUAGGCUAAGCUGCUAUCUCCUUUUCGUUAACAUUAGAAACAUAGGUUACAACUUGCCACUGCUCAGACUUCAUAUCUGCUUAGACUUCAUAUACGCCAACGCAAUGGAAUGUUGUCUCUUGUAAGCUUCAGCCCUCUCCCACAUGCAUUAUAUCGGGUUAAAUAACGGGCAAUGGCUGUUAGGUUAUGUUCUUGUGUGAUGAUCUAAGCGUGGCUGGUUGGUUGAUGACGCACUGCAGUCAUAUGUAAAGCCAUGGCUUUGAGUGUUUGGACAUCUCCAUAAUGUUUAUUUAAAGCCUAUUAGGCCAUACAGACUGCGUUUGUUCAUAUUUCGUAUACCCCGUUACUAAAACUUUUCCUUACAAGGGAUUUGAGGCGCGUUCAUCACCCACCCAACUCCAGUAGCUUACUAACAGCUCCAAGUAACCUACGAUACAUUAAAUUAACAAAUCACAAAAAUUGGUGAUAUGGUUUUACACCAUUAAACUGUUUCCAGAAGAACUGUGUCAACUUAAAUGUUGAAGGGUUGGGGAGCAGACCCUAGGUUGGCAUCUUCCAUUAGGAAGAUCAAGUCUUGCUGCUGUCCAAAGUUAGUGUCACUAAGAAUAUGCUGGAAAGACACAGCUGUCAGGAGAUCAAAUUGGUGCUAUGCUGGCAGUGGACAGGGACUCUGCCAAAAUGGUAGAGGGCAAAAGGUAGUUCAGAGUUUCAUAACUACUGUUGUUGUAUCAAAAAAGCAAAACGUGGAAUGAUGUAAAGAAAAGGUACAACACUAUGCCUCACACAGUACUUAUUUAAAAUCACAAUGAAUUGUAAUUAUUUAUUACCAGACAAUAUACAGCAAUUUUGUUAUUAAAUAGUCAUGAGGAGCUUGAGACUGUUCCAAUACAGUAGGUCCAAUGGGCCUACAUAGUCUUGUGAACACUUAUGUCUUUGUCGUGCCAAACUGUGUAGACUGUGGACUUAUAUAGACUUUUGCUCAGUGGGUUGCUCCUGCUUGUCUAAGCCUAGGCUAUUUUGCCCCUUGUACCAGUGGAGUUUUGUGCUUUGUCAUGCAUUACCCACACAUACAGUUUGUUGUUUCAGCUCUGUCUGUAGGACGUGUCCAGUUUGGACAGUUUGUUUUUAGUUUGAGCCACACCUUGUAGAAGUAUGUAAGUGUAGCACAUGGGGAUGUGUAAAAGUAGGCAAAAAUAUAAAUAGUAAAGUACAGAUACCCCCAAAAAACAACUUAAGUAGUACUUUCAAGUAUUUUUACUUAAGUACUUUACACCACUGGUCAUGUGUGCUAGCGAGGCAGAGGUCCUGGGUUCGAACCUCGGUUUUGAGCCGAAUCAGGAGGAAGCGGUACUCGCUAAGCAAGCAGUGUGACGUCCUUUAUAUAAGCAAGCAUAAGACGACAGCAUAAGCAUAAAAGACAACAAAGCAUUAAGGUUGUAAUUGUUGGUGAACCAGUUAGAUUCUGACCACAAACAUGAACACAUCCAAACAUCAGUUGUUGGACUGUGGUAUGUACCCCUGAGGUAUUUGGCUUGUGUUCUCCAGGCCUCAAGACAACUUAAGUUACUUUGUGACAAUACACAUGUAUAGCCUGAAGGCAAGCAAAUAUUGGAGUAUUUUUAAAUCACUCUCAAUGAAAUAUACUUUAUUGCUAAUUAGAUUAGCAUGGUAAAAUAAAACUGGUCAUGUGAUGAUAUCACAGAGAGACUAUUUUCCGCUGUCAAUGCCAGGUGUCUCACUCUUAAUUGGUUGUUCUGGUGAUCACCAAGGCAGCAUCAUGGAGUUUUUGGUCUCUUACUGUGAAUUAUUAUCAACACGCAUAUGAGGACAUAAGAGAAAUAUGAUUUGUAAUGUUUAAUGAUAGUAAAUACUACCAAGGAAACCAACAAAUGCAUAGUCUUCAUAUCCACAUGUAGUGAUGGCUUGCUUCUUAUGACAGGCACAUACUUGCAAUUGGAUAAGAACUAGUUUCCUCUUCCAAUUGGCCAGGGAGGCGAUACUUUUGACAUCUCCCAGGGAUAUUUCACAUGGUACCUAAUGAUUUUUGCUUAUAGCCUGGAUACCAGAGCAGAUUCCAGCGAAGACUCAUUUGUUUCAGCCUCUAGCAAACAGCUCUUUUCAAUCAAUCUCAAUUUAAUCUCAGUAGCCUAAUGGUCUUAGUUUGGAAGAAAGAGCAAAUCUUUCUGGGAUGAUGGACAUCAUUCCCUUGUAGAAUACAUUAACUGAAUGUUUUACCAUGGAUUGGCAGUAAUUGCUUGCCUCUGGGGUUAGGGUUUUACUCACAUACUUAUUUUCAUAUCCUAGAUAUGUAUUAAUUCAGACUUUGCUUUCUUGUUCAGGUCAGCCAGUUGUCUCAAAAUGGCCCAAGUGUGCCCCCAGAGCUGAGUCCUCAGGAGAUGCAGAAGUCCUUUGUGAAGGACAUGAAGCACCCCACCCUCCGCCAGGGUUACAUACCAAUUCCAGUCUGCCAUGAAGGCGUAGACCUCCGUCAGCAACACCCAUGUUUCUCCUACAUCCAGCCGACUGCUCUGCAAAAUGUACGGGCAGACAGGCAGACACCCUCCCCCACCCCGACGCUCCACUGCAGGCCUAGAUCUCCUUUGCAGGGUCCCUCCGAGAGCUCUACUCCUGAGCCCUGCAUGUCCUGUUCACCUAGUUUACAAGGACCUGAGGUGAGAUUGUUUUAUCUAAUGAGAUUACUGCGCAUGAACUCUUACCAUUUGCUAAAACCAUACAUUGAUGUCAUUGGAGAAUUUUAAGGGAAAGUUACAUACGUGUUUGAUGUUGGAAUCAAACGAAACCUCUAGCUACUUCUAGACUACUUCUAAUAUUGAAUAUACAAUUGUACUUCCUCUGAUUCACACUGGACUUCCAUUCCUUAGGGCCAUCCCCUCCACCAGCCCCCGCGACCCAGCAGCACAGGCCUCCAGGCAGGUUAUAUCCCCAUCCCAGUGAUCCACGAGAGGGCCGGAGGUCACUCACAACAAUCCCCUGUCAACCCCGCUCUCUACACCCAGCGCUUUCCGGCUUACUCAGAGCACCAGCCCUCCUUCCACCGACUGCAGCCAGAGGACUGGAGCAGUCAUCAUGGGGCCACGCCCUCUUCCCGGGAGCGUGCCUCCCCAUCCCCAAGCGGGCUUCCCCAGCACCGCGAGACUGCCGCCAUCCAUAUCCCACCGCAUAUAAGGAGCCAGUCUCCCCUCAGAGCACAGGUCAUUACAGAGAGACCACAGGUACCUUUUUUCCCUCAUCACUUACCCUAUUGCCAGUCAGCCAAUAACCAGCCAGUAGGAUUCUUCUAAAUAAAAAAAGUAUAAUAUACAUAGCCACAAAUGCCAGUCUAGCAAAUUUGACAUAAUGUUUAUUCAGGAUGAAUAAUUCCUUCUUACUUCCCCAGGUCCAGGUCCACCACCAUGUGCCACAGAGAGAAUCACCCCACAGAAUGGAGCAGGAGCAGGAGAUCUCUCAGUAUCCUCAAACAGCGCAGAGAGAGGCUGACACACAGCAGCGUCAACAGCCACAGAUCUCACAGCAACCACAGCAGCCACCACAACAGCCACAACAGUACCAAGGACCACAACAACCACAGCAGCAACAACAUUAUCAACAACAGCCACAACAACCACAGCAGCCACAACAACCACAGCAGCCACAACAAUCACAACAACUCCCACAGCAGCCACAACAGUACCAACAGCCAAAACAAUCACAACAAUACCAACAACCUGAACAGUACCAAAAACCACAGCAGCCACAACAGUACCAACAGCCACAACAAUACCAACAACCUGAACAGUACCAAAAACCACAACAACCACAGCAGCCACAACAGUACCAACAGCCACAACAAUACCAACAACCUGAACAGUACCAACAACCACAACAACCGCAGCACUAUCAACAACCACAACAGUCCCAGCAACAACCACAACCUCCACAACAACCCCAGCCACAGCCGCAACUGCAGCCACAACAGACAGCAAACAUCACAGUCCAGAUGUCUCCGAAACCAGAAGCCCAGGAGCCAGUGGCUGUUCCUGCUCCACAGGAGGACCUGCCCCCAAAAUCAGAAAACGAGCCCACCGCUCCGUGUCACCCAGGCUUGGCUAAAGUGCAAAAGAUAGAGGAGAGAGUUGUGAAACUGGAGCAAGAGGUGAAAUGCUUUGAUGGGAAGAAGAACGAUAAGAGGUACUUGCUACUGGAGGAGCUGUUGACCAAAGAGCUUUUGGCAUUGGACUCCGUGGACCCAGAGGGGCGUGUGGACGUGCGACAGGCGCGACGCGACGGAGUCCGGAGGGUCCAGAACACACUGGAUGCACUGGAGAUGCUGGAUGAGCGGCCAUCGGGGUCAGUCAAUGAGUCCUCGAUGGAGGGCGACAGCCUGCCACAGAAAGCAGAGCAGCCCAGCAUGAUCAGCCAAGCGAAUGUGGAGAUGGCCAGAGAGAUCUCAUAA